AUGGCGUUCAGAAUUUCCUCAGCUCCUGAAGUAUUCCACAGAGCCAUGGAACACAUAAAUGAAGGCAUCAAGGGUGUGCGUGUUUAUGUGGAUGAUAUUAUUGUGUAUGUAGCACGGAAUGCAAAAGACAAUGCAGUUUCCUAUUUUCAUUUUGAUCGAAUGAACAUGGGAGAACCUGAACCAGGAGACUGGAACACCUACUUACAGACAUUUAUGGAAGGAAAGAAAGUAUUUGGUCCUUGGUAUGACCAUGUCAGUGGAUGGUGGGAGAAAGAACAGACAUAUUCUAACCUAAUAUACAUGUUCUAUGAGAAUUUGGUUGAAGACACUGGACGUGAGGUGGAACGUUUGUGUUCCUUCUUGGGUUUGUCCAUUUCAGCUGAACAGAGGGAGAAAAUAACAAAAGGGGUUCAGUUUGAUGCCAUGAAACAGAACAAGAUGACCAACUAUUCCACAGUCCCAGUCAUGGAUUUCAAGAUCUCACCCUUCAUGCGGAAAGGUAAAGUUGGAGACUGGAAAAAUAAUUUCACUGUGGCACAAAAUGAACAGUUUGAUGAGGUCUACAAAGAGAAAAUGAAGAACACCGUCAAGUUCCGCACUGAGAUUUAA